AACAAAAUGGUCACGAAUUUCGUGUUCGCUUAGUUUAAAUACCAACACCCUUACCCCUGUAUAGAAUAUGCAAGGGAUGGAAAGUAAUUCAAGUUGAAUAUCUAUCAGAAAUGGUAAUUCGCAAGUAACCGCGGCCGAACCACAGGGAAAGGAAAUCAUAUUUGAAAAAGAGGUUUCGGUGACAACUUAAAGUUAAUUUGAGCGGAUAGACGAUAACACAGUUUACCCAACUGGCAAUAGUGAAAACAACGACUACCAGGUGGUUGGACGAGGUGGAAAACUCGCGCUGACAGAUGUCUUUAACCAGCAUGAAUUUUACGGAAAACUUCACUACUCCUGCAAGUUCUACUGCAUCACCCCGAUCACAUUCCCAAGCCAGCAUCAUUGCCUCAGCGACAUUUAACACGAUUGUCAUGGUACUAACCAUAGUUGGAAACUCUCUUGUUUGCCUCAGUGUUUAUUACUUCCCUCGCCUUCGCAGGCCCACCAAUUUCUUAAUUGUGUCUCUCGCGGUAAGUGACCUGCUGGUGGGAUCUUUGUCGCUGCCCUUCAGAAUCGCACAGACGAUAAACCAGGAGAACUGGCCAAAAAGUCUGGGUCCCGCUGGCUGCCAGUACUGGAUUUGGAUCGACAUGGUAUGCUGUGGUGCCUCUAUACUGAAUCUAACAGGAAUCAGCUUCGAUCGACUCCUUGCUGUAAAAUGGCCGCUUACGUACCACGAGAACAUGACCACCAAGCGAGCUACUUUGAUUAUUGUAAUAGUCUGGGUCUUCGCAUUGGUUGUUGCCUGUUUGUCGUUCGUGAAGUGGGGCGGACACGAAACAAUCAUCAUAAAACCCCAAUGCUCCAUACAGGCUAAAAUCUAUAUUACCAUAUUAGCCGUUGCCGCGUUCUUCUUCCCGUUAACCGUUCUUAUUUUCAACUACGUCCUGGUUUUGAAGAUCGCCAUUCAGCACGCGAGACAGGUGCAGAAAGAUAGGGAUGCUAUAGCCGUGAACUUUUUGGCUGAACAGGACGCCAACGAAGAUACCAGUGGAAUCACCAGCUCACCCGCAUCCAGCAAUAGAGGAAUAACAAUAGGGAAGCGGAGUAGUGAACCGCUCACUGAUUCGAAACCGCGACGCUCGUCAGGACUACAGAUCAUGAAGCAACUCAAGGCCACCAAAACGUUGGCAAUUGUGGUGGGAGUCUUUAUUCUCUCGUGGUUUCCAUUUUUUGUGAUUUUCAUCACUUGGCAAUAUUGCCUCGAGUGCUUCGAAAGUCUGCCGCCAGAAAGCGUCACAGUUUUAGUCAUAGUGUUUGUGUACGUUUUACCAGUGAGCAAUUCUGCAGCAAACCCUAUUAUUUACACGUGCUUUAACAAGGAGUUCCGUACUGCCUUCUUACGUGUUAUCUACAAGUUUUUACGGAAAUCAGGCGGUGAACUAAUGUCAAAGUCAAACGGCCAUACCGAUACAUACACUUCUUGCACGUAAUUUUUGAAGAGAUAUGGAUGCAGACUGACAUUGGACAUCUCAGUGACGUUACCUCCGAAUGAAGCUAUUUAGUGCUGUAGACCUGGCCCUGGUUGUUCGAAGGCUGAAUGACGCAAUCUAACGGAUAAAUCGCUAUCCAGCGGAGAAGAGUUAACAUAACCCCACUGCACUAUCCACCGAAUAGAGGUCUAUACAGUGAUAGUGUUAUCCAACCUUCGAGCAACCGAUGGCAGAGGUUUCUUACUUGGAGUGUACUUGCGGUUAGUUUACAUUUAUUAACUGCAUUUAUAACUCUGUAACUCUCGUAUUUACACAAAUGCCAAGUGCAAAUGAUUUGCACUUAGCAUUUAUGUAAAUGCCAGAGUUACGUCACAACUGCUGCAUCUCACGAAAUUAUACCUUCCCUAAGUCACGUUUGACGGUAUUUGUCUUCACACACAAAAAAAUAUCAAACUAAUGUGCUUUCCAACUAUGCCUGAAUACUAUGACACUAGACGAUGGACUUUUUUAAUUGAGGAAUGGUUUCCAGAGUUAAAGUGGAGCCUGAAAAUGAGGAGUACUAGAGAGAAAACCGAAAAGUAGCGCUUUCUGGCCUAUUUAACGUGAUAGUCACUUAAAUGUAAUACGUCUCUUAAUGCGUUAUUCAAAACGCACCAAGCCCUCAAACGUCAAGUGAGGGUGAUGGAUUUUACGGCUAACUGUUAAAAUCUUUAGCUAUUUUAUCGCUAUCGGUUAAAAUUCAGUUUUGCUAUUUUACGGCUAACGGUUAACUUCUUUAUUUCGUGAUUAACAGAAACAUUUUCAUGGUUAACUUGUUUUAUGAUUAACGGCUAACAUUAGCCAAUUUUCAUCCCUCACGACUAUUUUUUUGGCCGUUUUACACCUGUAUGAACCAUGCUCUUGGACAAAAACAGCGAGUGCAAGAAAUAAGUCGGGCGAAAAAAGUCCUCCGUUUCAGGUUCAAUAGACAGUUGGAGGUAAAGUUUACUAGAUUUUGUUUGAGACAGCAAUUGAGAAAACACAUAGAAAAGGGUAAAGAAUGGCACACUAGACUAUAAUAUCCACAAUUUUAAUUUUGUGACCAAUAAGGCUAAGGCAUACUUGUCUUGCUCUGUGUAUCAUAUGCAUAUAUCAUACACCCAAAUACAUUGAAAUUUCCCUAUAUAAACCCUAGGAAUGCAAGAAGAGGCAGGGUAAAAAUUGAAAAAUCAAUUACAAUGGGAGGGCACUCACCAUUUUACGGCUAGGGAAGGGUUUGUUGCAUUUUCUUGAUUACCCACUUAAAAAGGCAAAAAACCCUGUGACCAAUUCAUGUGCAGAGUACAGAUUUUGAACCAUUUUGCCCCUAGAAUCCUGAUUCCUGUCAUCAAAAUCUGCCCUAACCAUAAUCAAAAAGGUUAUUUCAAUCCUGUUUUAGGACUGGGGAGUGCUUUGUUGCAUUUGUUUGAUUACCCAAUUGAAAAGACAAAGAAUCCUGUGACCCAUUCAUGUGCAAAGUACAGAUUUUGAACCAUUUUUUGCACCCCAAGUCCUAAAAAUCUGCCCUAACCACAUAACAAAAGCUCAUGUUGAUGCUAUCAAAUAUCAGCUAUUUGAUAAUUUUCUUCUUACUCUCAACCUGUUAGCAUGAAAGAGUAUGGAAUAAGGUAACAAGAAUUUGCACAACAAUCACUGCUUGGAGUUUCUAGUAGGUCAAGAAGAAAAAGAUAAAUAGGAGACCUAGUACCCAAGCUGAGUGGUGUAAUUCUUACAACUAUGAGGAUAAAAAAAAUAUAGGUUCUCAGAUGAUUUAUGGGAAGGGCUAUUUCUCAUAUUAAAGUUCUCUUUGUGAAAGGAUCAUGCCAAAGACAAAACAUUUAUGAAGUGAAAGGAAUAUAAUUGUAGGUCAGUUGAGGAGCCUGAGUACCUAAAUACAAACUAAACAACAUUCCAUGCUCCACAUUGGUGAUUGAAGAAAAUAUAUACACAAUUCUGAAAAAAAACAAUCAGCCAGGGUACAGAAUCACCCAGUGCAUAAAUUCCCUCCUCUCCCCCCUAAAAAAAACAAAUUUCUUUUCAUCAGCUUAUCAACAGAUUUCCUAUAAAAAAGGCUAAAAAACUGAGUGGGCAAUGACAUAAAAUUAUCCUGAAGAGAUUUCCAAGCUAUUAGGAAAAUGUGUUUUCAUCUAAAUUGAUGAAAACUAAUUCAAUACCAGCCCUCCAUUUAAAGAAAACCUUUUCUGGUCUACUUUUUUGAAUUUCUGCUGUGAACGAGGAGUCACAUUUUAGAGCAGCACGGCCAAGGAGUGAAGAGCACCCUUAAGCUUAAUUCAUCAGCAGAUCAUAUUAUUAAACAUUUUUCAGAGAAUGUAAUGACUUAAUAAUUUCAUGCAACCGGAGAAAUCAUGUAUAUUUUCCCAUCUAAAUCAA